AGACGCGGCGCCACCGGCGGCAGCACACGAGUAUCCCGCUCAGGUCAGCGGCUCCGCCGGUCGGGAGCCGGUUUUUCCGUGCGCUUUGAAAAGUUGCUCGGGUCGCCGGUUGUUUUUGGCUGCUGCGCGGUGGCGCGCAACAAGUGUGCCCCCGGCGACAUGGACGACAAGAGCGAGCCGCGCGAGAACGACAAGUGCAUGGAGCAGGGCGAGUCCACGGGCGGCGGCGGAAUGUCCAAGCUUCGCGCCCAGGUCACCUCUGCCGUGGCCAACAUCCCGUCGCUGGUGAUUGUGCUGCUGUGCGUGCUGUUGCUCGUCUUCUUCGUCAUCAUCGUCGCCCUGUCGGUGAAGGUGCACUCGGGCUCGACGGCGCCUGACGAUCGCUGCCUGUCGGCGGCUUGCCUCGGCUCGGCGGCUCGCGUGCUCGCCGGUCUUCGAGACGGCGCGCCCUGCCAGGACGCGUACGCACUGGCCUGCCGACCCGGCACCCCUCGGGGCCUCCGCGGCCAGCACGCGGUCCGGCACCUGGUGGACCUGGUGCCAUUCGACGGCGACCAGGCGUCGGCCGAGACGAAGGCGAAGCGCUUCUACGAGACGUGCAUGGAGCCGCGCAGCCUGAGCCAGGACGCCCUGGCCCUGCUCAACUACCGGCUGCGGCAGGUCGGCGGCUGGGAGCUCGUCGCCGGCUCGUCGUGGUCUCUGCAGAGCUGGGACCGGGACACCGCGCUCGAGAAGCUGCACGUCGACCUCGGAGUGAGCCCCUUCUUCGCCAUCGGAGUCGCCGACCGAACGAUUCGGGUGAGAUUGGCGUCCUGUUUGCGCGGACGACCUCGAUUCGGCGGCCACUCGCGCGGAAGGCUGCGCCGCCCACAGGGGGCAGCUUUUGUAACUCUGGUAGAAAAAGCUUGUUGCACUUGCCAGUUCCACGGCGAAUCUACUCAAAUUUUGUGCUGUGUAGGUUUCGUGGCGCAGCUGCACUUGGUGGUUGGCACCAGUUAG